AGCGCCCAUGGCUCCUCCCUGCCCGGCCUCUGCGCAGCUAACAAGCUAAGCUGGCUCGGCGGCUCGCAGCUUCUCUCGGUGUGGUUAGUUAGUUUGAGACGCACCGGCUCCAUCCACAGUACGGUGCUGCUCACAGCGACCUGGUGGAACAUUCACACCCGGCAUAGGGACACCGAGUUCGGACAUCAGCUUACAAACAGGUGAAAAUGAUUAAGCUGUUCUCCCUGAAGCAGCAGAAGAAAGACGAGGAAUCUGCUGGAGGAAACAGAGCCGGAGCCGGGGGGAAGAAAGCCAGUGCGGCCCAGCUCCGAAUACAGAAAGACAUCAAUGAGUUAAACUUGCCAAAGACGUGUGAAAUCAGCUUCCCCGAUGACGACGACCUCCUCAACUUUAGGCUCAUCAUCUCGCCAGACGAGGGUUUUUACAAAGGAGGAAAGUUUGUCUUCAGCUUUAAGGUAGGACAGGGCUACCCCCAUGACCCCCCCAAGGUGAAGUGUGAGACGAUGGUUUAUCACCCCAACAUCGACCUGGAGGGAAACGUCUGCCUAAAUAUUUUAAGAGAGGACUGGAAGCCGGUUCUGACAAUAAACUCCAUCAUCUACGGUCUACAGUAUCUAUUUCUAGAGCCAAACCCGGAGGACCCACUGAACAAGGAGGCAGCGGAGGUCCUGCAGACGAACCGGCGGCUCUUCGAGCAGAACGUCCACCGCUCGCUGCGGGGCGGCUACGUCGGCGCCACCUACUUUGAGAGAUGUCUGAAGUAGCCCCGCCCUGUCCCGCCGUCCUCCAAGCUCCUCCCGCUCUCCCUCUCCCACUGUCUGCCUGACCCCUCCUUCCUCCUUGGCUCCUCUUCGGUCGCCAUGGCGACGGGAAGCAGCACGACGCAACAAGCUUUCCAGUUUUACCACAGAAGAAGAAGUUGCACCUCCCUCUCCUCCUCUUCCUCACCUGUCCCCCCCCCCCCCUCCUCCUCCUCCUCC